AUGCUCAAGAUGGAUGCAGGGGACUCUAGGAAUGAGUUCUCUAGGUCAGAAGGAGGAAAAGAGCAACAUCAGAAACCUGGAAAGGAAAGGAAGAGCAGGGAGGCAGGCUGGGGCAGAGGUGCGCUGGGACGAGAUAGGAGACUGCCCUCCUCCACCCUCUCCCUCAGCAGUAGCAGAUCCUCAAACCAGCGCUGGAACUCUCUGCUGCCCUUUUGAUGGAGAAUCACACACAGCUUCCACUGGAUGGUCCAGGUGUUGCCUUCCGAGCUCAGCCUGGUUGCCUGUAUCCUACUGUUGGUCAUGGCCUUCUCCAAGAAAUGGCUGUACCUCUCUAGGAACUGCUUCUACCAGCGCUGGCCUGAAGACAUCAGCAACAGAAUCUUCACAUCAGCCCACAUCAUGUCCCUGGGGCUCCUGUACUCCUGCAAAUCCAGGAGCUGUUCCGAUUUAGAGAAUGGGAAAGUCACCUUCAUCUUCUCCACUCUCAUGCUGUUCCCCAUUAACAUCUGGAUCUAGGUGGAGAGGAGUGUAUCCAUCCCCAUUGGCUGAAGCUAUUUCAUUGGUUGGCUGGUGUUUGUCCUAUAUGUCACCUGUGUGAUCCUUUGCUGCUCCAAGCAUAAACUUUUCUGGAGUCUGAUUCUGAGCCACCCCAGUGGCACCGUGUCCUGCAGCAGCAGUUUCAGCUCAGUAGAAGAAUCUCCAGGUGUGCAGAUGAUCACAGAUACCCCCAUCAUCCAGGAGGGAGUUCUGGAUUCUGAGCAGAAGGUUACACACCUGUGACUUUUUCAGAACUCCUGGCACCAAGUUCUGUCCAUUCAUCUGACCCAGUCUCCUCAUCUUCCACUCAGCCCUUGAAUAGGUUGGUCCUCAUCAUUGCAAGGAGUGAGAAAGGGAGGACGUCGGGCCAGCUUUGCACUCCUCUGCUUUCUCCCUGCCUUGAUUGAGCUUGAGUGAUGUGGAAUAAAUUGUCCAUCUCUUCUUUCUCA